AUGUUUUGGUAUUUGAGAAGAGAAGGUGAGAAACCCACCUGCAUUAAGUACUGUUUGGAUUAUCAAAAUGUAAGUAAAUUUGUUUGCAAACACGAGACACGCAGCUCGACCCUGGAAAUCAGCAACAUCCAAAAGACUGACUCUGGCAUUUACUACUGUGCAUAUAAAUACAGCAGCUACCUGAUCUUCGGGAAUGGAACCACACUCAUUGUUGGAGACAGUUAUACCAACAGCAGCUGGGUGAUGCUUCUGGUCCCAUUUCCACAUGGCAGUCAAGUCACUGGGACAGCGAAUCUGGCCUGUGUGAUCCAUGGAGUGUCCGGCCCAGUCCACGUUUCCUGGAGUGUUUCUGGGGAGCUGCAGGAACAGGGGCUGACGCGCUCAUUGAAAGCAAAGGAUGGAUCUUUAAUGCUCAUAAAUCACAUCAGCGUCCCCAUGGACACCUGGACCAGUGGGAAGAAUUUCACCUGUGAAGUCAAAUUCAACUCUUCUGGCAGCAGUGUGAAGAAAAGUACCAGGUAUCCUGCAGCCCACACCAGUAGUUGCCUACCUUCCAUUGUGUCCCUGGCGGUGCUGAGCGCCCUGAUGCUGUUGACGGUGUCUCUGAGUCUCAUCUGGACCCUCUGCCCUUCCAGGCUAGGAUUCCCGCCCAGGAUCUCAGCGCCUCCAGCUUCCCAGGAGAACCAGGGUGGAAUCUUAUACGCUCAUCUGGAUUUUGAUUCGCGCAAUCGUGAUGGGCGCAAGACGCAGCGACCGGCCAGAGGGAAGCGUGUAAAACCGUAA